ACUGAAGACUAUGAAAGGAGAAUCGUUAAAUGAUGCAGAGCUUGCAGUAACUGAAACACAAACAACUCCCAAUGAGUUUUUGUUACAGUAUCCCAUAGGAGCGUAUACAUCGGCGCGUACUGUCAACAGGACAGCUAUCAUGGAUCUUCAAGAACACAUUAAUCGCACGUGCAAUUCCUUGAAGUUAAUGAAAUUCAAAAAUUCAGAAAAUUUAUCCGUUGGGGGAAAUAAAGAUAAAUCUAAUAAUAAUACUUCAGAAGAGAAUAUUGAGGAAACGGAACCGGUUCAUGUUACACAAGAAAUGGUGCCUUAUAGGAAUCCAGAGAUAUUUAAAGAAUUAAUUAUUCCAUUAUUGAAAAUUGGAUUAACAAAAUAUUUUGAGAUUGAAGAAGAAACAUCAUGGCACAUUAAAGGC